GCGGGCACCGCGUCAUCUGGCAAGGCAGUGGGCUCCGAGUCAACUGGCACGACAGUGGGCACUGGGUCAUCAGGUACCGGAUUGUCUGGCUCGACAGCGGGCAUCGGGUCACCAGGUAUGACAGCGGGCACUGGGUCACCAGGCAUCAGGUCAUUUGGCUUGCCAGCGGGCACCGCGUCAUCUGGCAAGGCAGUGGGCACCGAGUCACCAGGUACGACAGCGGGCUCUGAGUCAAUUGGCACGACAGCGGGCACCGGAUCAGGUACCGGAUCAUCUGGAUCAACAGCGGGCAUCGAGUCAACUGGCCUAAUAGGAUCGUCAGGCUGGAUCAGUUCAUCAUGCUGGAGAGGCAUCAGGCUGCGUACAGGCAUCAGGCUGAGUACAGGCAUCAGGCUGAGUACAGGCAUCAGGCUGGUAGAGGAUUCAGGCCGAGUAGAGGCUUCAGGCCGAGUAGAGGCUUCAGGCCGCAUACAGGCAUCAGGCUGAGUAGAGGAUUCAG